UUUAUUUUGAAGUUUUUCCGUAUGUAUGUUAUCAUUAAAGUUGGAUUCACACAACAUUCAUGUCAUUGAGGAGGUAACACACAGCAGAAGCCGCGCGAUCCAAAACUUUAAAUUUUAUGCAGGGGUCUGUGGUCAGUUUUGUUGUAUGUGUGGAAGUGUUUGGAGCUGAAUGCAGAAGGUUGUAGCAGUGCUUGGCGGGGGGAUCGGGGGUCUGUCGACCUGCCAUUAUCUCAGCAAGAGUCCUAAUGUCUCCAAGGUGGUGCUGUUGGAGGGAAGCAGUAGAUGUGGAGGUUGGUUGAACUCCACACGGAGAGAUGAUGGAGCAGUGUUUGAACAAGGACCCCGAGGGGUUCGGCCAGCAGGAGCUAUUGGUCGAAAUGGUUUGAAUAUGGUGUCUGAUUUGGGUCUCGAGUCUGAAGUCCUGCCAGUUUCGAAGGAUCAUGUGGCUUCUAAGAACCGAUUCCUAUAUGUGAAAGGACAACUGCACAAGAUGCCAUCAGGACCCGGUGGUAUUCUGCGCACCAUUCCUCCUUUCUCCCGUCCUAUAAUUCAUAGCGUCUUAAAGGAAAUGUUGAUCCGUAAAGGGAAGGAAGAUGAUGAAUCUGUCCAUGCGUUUGUAUCCAGGCGUCUGGGUCCCGAGUUAGCAGAUAUCGCUAUAGACAGUCUGUGUCGAGGGGUGUUUGCUGGUGACUGCAGGCAGUUAAGUGUGAGGUCCUGCUUGCCCCCUCUUUAUAAAGCAGAGCGGUCGCGGGGCUCCAUUGUGCUGGGCAUGCUGAUGGGUUCAGGUGGUGGGGGUCCUGAAGUAAUCUCCUCUGAUUUGGCUAAAAGAGCAUCAAAAGAGUCAUGGAGUCUGUGGUCACUAAAGAGGGGCAUGCAGUCACUUCCAGAAGCCCUGGAGAAUUCGCUGAGAGGUCGAGAGCGUGUGGAGCUUCAUCACAAUACUCAAGUGAAGAGCCUGACCCUGCAGGGAGGGGUCUGGGAGAUCAAACUGGAUGAUGGGGCCACGUUGAAAGCCGAUCAUGUGAUUUCCGUCCUACCGGCUGCAGCUUUGGCAUCAGUGCUGCCCCCUGCUGCUCAACCCCUGACAGAAGAGCUUCGAUCCAUUGCGUCUGCCACUGUUGCUGUUGUGAAUCUGGAGUAUGAAGGUUUCAUUCUUCCUGUUGCAGGCUUUGGACACCUGGUGCCUUCCUCAGAAGAUCCUGGUCUGCUAGGGGUCGUGUAUGACUCUGUUACCUUUCCACAACACAAUCGGAGUGGAGGACCAACCACCAGACUGACGGUAAUGAUGGGUGGUGCGUGGUUCAAGCAGGCGUUUGGUAGUCCACAAGAAGCGACCCAGCAGAUGUUCUUGGAUCGGGCUACACGGGCAGUAACCGAUCAUCUGGGUGUCACCUCGCAACCUGUGUGGAGCCUGGUCUCAGUACUCAAGAACUGCAUUCCUCAGUAUCAUGUAGGACACUGGAAACGACUCGAAAAGAUGAGGCAAUACAUCAGCAAGAACAAUCUUCCCCUUACACUGGCAGGGGCUUCCUAUGAUGGCGUCUCUGUCAAUGAUGUUAUAUUUAGUGGACGAACAGCUGCAGAGGGUCUCGUUGGAAAAAUCUGACCUGCGGUCACUUAAUUUUGAGAUUUUGGGGUUUGACAUACAUUUGAUGUUGUUCCUUGGGCAGGACAGGCACUACUUGAACCCAAAUAUAAGUGUCAGGAUUAUACAGCUAAAUGUUGGGUAUAUUUCAGGGCUGUUGUUUAGAUGUUGAGGAAAUCUUAAGCUAAAUUUCCAUGUUGCCAAAAAAUGCCAAACAAAUGAUUGUAGAGCUUAUCUUUACCAAUGUGGCCGAAUAAUCACAUUUUCUUGGCUAGAAAUUGAAUUUGGAUGGUUGAUAUAUUAUUGCACUGGGAUAUAAUGUAAAUUAAUACUCUGCAUCUUAACUAAAAAUAACGCUAUACGCAUUACACUGUUAAAAAGGCUUCACUGGGACAUUAAAAAGGUCCUAAUAUGGUAAUUUUUGUCCUAAGAUGUACUUUUUGAAAGGGUACCACCCCAGUGACACCAUUUGUACCUUUAUUUCUCAGAGUGAUACCAUAGCCAGGAGCAGACUCGAUGGAUAUAAUAUCAUUUUAACUGUUUCCUCCAUUUGUCUGAAAGUAGAUGACAUUUUGACCAGGCUGAAAUGAUAUGCCAUUAGACUGGAGCAUCCUUUUUACAAAUAUAUUCAUUACGUUGGCGUCAUAGUGGGGUCAAUGGAAAAUUUACGACUUGCAGUUCUCGUUUCCUACACGUUGCAGAUUGGAAAUGGCUAUGACCAUCUGCAUUGACUUUGAAAGGGCAAAAAAUGUAAACUAUCACUCAUAGAACCAGAAUUUUAAUGGCUGCUUGAGUACCAUGCAUUUCACACACAGAUGCUUUCUCAUUCAAUGUGAUUGAAUUCACAAUAAUGUGCAUCAGAAUGCACAGGUGUGCCUUUAUUCAGCGCCCCCGAGCAUUCGGUAAAUGCGCUAUAUUAUGUUUUAAAAAAGCAUUGUGCGAAAGUAGAGAGACAUACAUUGGUGACUGUUUACAUUAGUUUCAGUACUGUUUACUGGUUGCAUCUGCAAUACUAACAUACACUAUCAGUCUAGUUUAGGGUCAUUUACUUGUUAGUUAUUUAUGUUUUUCACAUUAUAGAAUAAUUGUAAGCUGUGGCAUAAGGAUAAUGUGACUAGGAUAAAGUCAACUAAAAGCAUUCAAAAUAAAUGACUAAUGGCAGCUUGUUGGGAUUUCAUUUUAAAGAAUAUUGAUUGACCCAACAAUAGAUUAAACAUCCCAGCAAUUUGGGUUAAAAGAACCCAGCAUAGGAUAAAUUACCUUUUUGACCCGGUGGGAAUAUUUUUUCACAGUGUACAUCUUUAGAUUAAAAGAUUUCCAAUAUCAAGUGAUCUUAAACUUUUGACUGGUAGUUUAUGACAUUAUAGGCAUGUGGGUGAGGGUUAGCGACAAUCUUUAAUGUGAAGUUUGAAAAAGAGUGUGAUUGUGUUAAUUAAACGUGUAUGUAACUCCCAAUUAAUUCCAUUAAAUUGACUGUCAUGACAGUCACUCAGUAGUUAUUAAUAUAUUUUUAUGCAUAUCAUUUAUUGCGUCUGGUCAGCAAUAAAUAAAUAAAUGAGAUGUGUUUGGUACA